UCGCUGCUGUCUCUCAACAAACAGAGCAGCGGUCCAACAACGAGUCACUACAAAACAAACCUUUCUUCUUUUUUGUAAGUAACGUGGAGUUAUAUUUUCUUGUCUGUUAACAUUCAUUUGGACAAUUCUCCCAAAACCGACCGAGGAAGCCGAGAAGAAAAGAGGACGAGUGGGAGCCUGCGGUUGUGUCCCAACAGUCGGUGCCUCGUCUCUUCUUCAUUUCUCUCCAGAAGGUUUUCUUCUGCGCCCCGAGGAAACAUGAGCUUUCUUUUUGGAAACCGUUCAUCCAAAACCUUCAAGCCCAAGAAGAAUAUCCCCGAGGGUUCCCACCAGUACGAGCUGUUGAAACAUGCCGAGGCUACGCUGGGAAGUGGAAACCUGCGCAUGGCUGUCAUGUUGCCUGAGGGCGAAGACUUGAAUGAGUGGGUCGCUGUCAACACUGUGGACUUCUUCAACCAGAUCAACAUGCUGUACGGCACCAUCACUGACUUUUGUACAGAGGACAGUUGUCCUGUCAUGUCUGCUGGGCCAAAGUAUGAGUAUCACUGGGCUGAUGGAACCAACAUCAAGAAACCCAUUAAAUGCUCGGCCCCCAAGUAUAUUGAUUACCUCAUGACCUGGGUGCAGGACCAGCUUGAUGAUGAAACCCUUUUCCCUUCAAAGAUCGGCGUCCCCUUCAAGCGUAACUUCAUGUCUGUGGCCAAGACGAUUCUGAAGCGCUUGUUCCGGGUCUAUGCGCACAUCUACCACCAGCAUUUUGACUCCGUCAUGCAGCUGCAAGAGGAGGCCCACCUCAACACAUCCUUCAAACACUUCAUCUUUUUUGUUCAGGAGUUCAACCUGAUCGACAGAAAGGAGCUGGUGCCGCUGCAGGAGCUGAUUGAGAAACUCACCACUAAGGACAGAUAAACAGCCACGCUUCAUUUCACCGUUUAGUUUUGCACAGAUGCCCAUCCCGCCCUGGCUCUAUGUAUGCAGUAUAAUAAGUAGAUUUCCAUUCGGGGAGAUGGUUCUAACAUCGCCAGGAAGAAACAAGGGUUUGCAUAGGUUUAAGGCACCAGGACUCAUUUUUAUCAGGGAUUACAGACUUGUUUAGGGAACAUGAGAUUUACACUAGAGAAAAAACACUUCGGUGUUCUGUCACAGUUUACCUUUAGGAUAAGAAGACAUAAUCUUUGUGGAUGUUAUACUGCACUUUUUAUUUCAACUUUAUUUUGAAAACAGCAUUUCCAUGCUCAUUCUCACAUGGCAGAACAAUGUGUAGUCCAGGUUUCUGUAUUAUAGGGUGUUGAUGGUGGUAUGGCAACGUCUGAAGCCAGUUAAAUAGUUUUGUGUAAACCAGUAUCAGCUGUGCUUUGAUGCUGGAAUUGCCAUGAAUACAAACCGCAGACCUCUAAGUGCCUGGCGUGGCUCGUGGUUGCUCUCUGUCCACAGUGAGAAGAGUCUGAAGAACACGCCGCCGCCUCCUAAAACAUCUGGAACUUGGUGAAAACAUAGAAGUCAACUGUUUAGUAAGCAGGUGUGUUUGCAGUGUGCACGUUCUGAUGAAAUGAACGUGCUGAAACGUGUUGAAGGUCACAACCUGUUGUAGCGGGGACUAUUAUUCAACGUGUACUAUCAUCUCAUGACAUGUCUUCUAGUGGCCCCCCUGCAAACUUUCAAGUACACAAAAGUUUUUGGACAUUUUCCAGGGAUGUAACCAUUUAAAUAGUGUGUGCUGAGCUAGAUGCAGAGUGAAACGUGGUCCCUUGUCGUCUGUAGGCAUGAAGCACUUUGAUCAACCUUCCUGAAUGUUUCCCCUCCAGAUGCUGGAGUCUGACCAGCUGUGUCACGAGACUGAUCACUGGUUUUGAACCCUACAACCUCCCACAUGAAUGUUAAAUGACCAAACACAACUGAAGUUUUUCUUCUGCUUAGUCUAAACAGCAGACACGUGCCCCCCCAUGUCAAAGUUUAGUGUGCUAUGCAAUGACUGACCCUCAAAGAUCAGCAGCUGGCUCUUUAUCCAUUAACUUUCCUAAUAGUGCUUGAAUUUGGGUGUGAAGAAAGUAGAAACGCUCGUGUUUCACAUUUAAAUUUGGAACCGGUGACGUGAACGUUUUUUACGUCGCUGCUCAUCAGAGAUGUAUCCUCUGAUGAGCACGUGUACAUACUGAGAAGUGACUGAUCCUGAGAAGAUAGAUUUUCAGCAAGCAUGGAGUGUUUGGAUGAAACGAAUGCAUGAAGUCUUUUUGGAGGCUGCUUCAUUUGGAUAUUCUAAACCGUUACGCUGUUUUUGUAUAAACUGCUUAUUGUGAAUGUUACGGCUCACCAGAUAUCUGAACUGCUUGGAGAACAUGCUCAACCAAACCUGUUGCCUCCACUUCAUCCUGUCAUUUUACUUCAUGACAUGUUUGUAAAUAGCAACUUGAUUUAGUUUUCAGUGAAUACAUCGACGCUGUCUACAAUAAAUAUGCUCUC